GUAACAACAAUGAUUUAGGUUACCAUUUAGGUGAAGAACCGAAUUAAAUGACAAAUAAAUGUUUUACAGCGCACACACUACACAGAGCCCAACCCUCUAUAAAUACCACGGGUCGGCCACCACAAUAUACACACACCCACUCACACACACACACACACACAAAAAUAAAAAAUAAAAAUAAAAAAAAUGGCACCCAAAUAUCUGUCUGUUAUCUUCGCACUGGCCUCGAUUCUGGUGAUUGAAGCCUCUACCAUAGGCGGCAAAGCCACCACGCUCGGCGGCUGGAAGCCGAUCCCCAAUCUCAAAGAUCCGCAGGUGUUGAAAGCCGCUAAUUUCGCGGUGGCGGAGCACAACAAGGAGGCUAAAACAACCUUGGAAUUCGUUACCAUCGUCAAGGGGGAGCAGCAAGUGGUUGCUGGUUUGAGAUACCGCCUCGUCAUCUCCGCCAAGUCCUCCGCCGCCGCCGCCGCACCAACAAGCUAUAACGCGGAAGUUUUGUCCCAGCCCUGGAAGAAGCUUCUGAAACUGAUUUCUUUCCGAGAAACUAGAGUCUAAAUGUACUGAUUUGCAAUUUUUUAUCUUUUUUGAGAAAAUAAGUUCUACAUAAUUGCAAAUUCGGUUUUCAAUUGGAUUGUAUUUGUAAUUCAAAGACUUCAUCAAUUUUGAAUGAUUUGGUGGGCCCAAUAUCUAAUUUUGUUGAAAUUUAAGGCCCGACUUUGUUCUAUUA